AUGGGGAAACAGAAUAGCAAACUGGCCCCUGAAGUGAUGGAGGACCUGGUGAAGAGCACAGAGUUUAAUGAACAUGAGCUCAAGCAGUGGUACAAAGGCUUCCUCAAGGACUGCCCAAGUGGGAGGCUGAACCUCGAGGAAUUUCAGCAGCUCUAUGUGAAGUUCUUCCCGUAUGGUGACGCCUCCAAGUUUGCCCAGCACGCGUUCCGGACCUUUGACAAAAACGGGGACGGCACCAUCGACUUCCGAGAGUUCAUCUGCGCCCUGUCCAUCACCUCCAGAGGCAGCUUUGAGCAGAAGCUGAACUGGGCCUUCAACAUGUACGACCUGGACGGUGACGGCAAGAUCACACGAGUGGAGAUGCUGGAGAUCAUCGAGGCUAUCUACAAGAUGGUGGGCACUGUGAUCAUGAUGAAAAUGAAUGAAGAUGGUCUCACACCUGAGCAGCGGGUAGACAAGAUUUUCAGCAAGAUGGAUAAGAACAAAGAUGACCAGAUUACACUGGAUGAAUUCAAAGAAGCUGCAAAGAGCGACCCUUCCAUUGUACUACUUCUGCAGUGUGACAUCCAGAAAUGA